AUGGUCUCGACACGCCACUCCCUCCCCAACGUCGCGCCGGUCAACCCCAGCGACGAUGACCCCACCGUGCCGAAAGAGCUGCGGCGCCUGCACAUCAACGGCAAGGACACGAUGAUCGGGACCAAGGUCAAGAAGCCCAAGAAGAAGGACGUCUACCACUGGCGCGGCGCCGUCUACGCAAUCACCGCCGACACGCCGCAGGAGUGGAUCGACCAGGAGCCCGAGAAGUUCAAGAGGAAGGAAAGCCAGCCGGCGGAGGAACCCGCGGCGAAGCAGACCCUCAAGCGCAAAAGCACGAGCGCGCUGGAAGGUGCGACUCACUCCCACACCCACCGCGACAACGGCGACGAGGAAACCACCCGAUCCGCCAAACGCGUCCGUCGCAACACCAUCAAUCACGUGUCACCCAUGUCCACGCGACAGCGCAAGCCGACCAACACCAACACCACACACACCACCACCACCACCACCAGACCGCGCCGCACCUCGACCAAGCCUCCCCCCGCCGAAGACCAUGACGCGACGCUGAAGUUCGACUUUAGCAUGUCCAACCACCAACGCAUCCUCACCAACAUCGAGGUCCAGAAAGACGCGGCCCGCGAGAGGGGUUAUACUGUUGAUAUGCUGUCGUUCGAGGAGAUGGAACAGGCGAGAGAGCAGCGGAAGGCGCAACCACCGACCCCAAGCACUAUCGGUGCCAAGCUGAUCCGCGAUAUCGCCAAGAUCGCGAAGCUCAAUGACGCUGUUGCCUCACUGUCACAAAAGUAUGAGAGAGCCAAAGAGCAGGGUAUCUUCAAGGCCAUCCUCGCUCGGAAGAAUGCACGUCUGGGACGUCGUGCUACAAGGAGACGAGUACAGUUGGAGGAUGAAGAUGAAGAUGGGGCGACGGAGGUGGAUCUGGAUGAGAGUGGACAGCCCAUUCGACAAAUCCCUACGAUUGAGGUUGAACCGGGUUCGGAUGAUGUGGUGGGAGAUGACUUGGCAGGAGACGACUUGCGUCUGGCGGAUGCCGUCGAUCAGGUGUACGAUGAGCGUGACACUCAGUCGCAGAUCGAGAGCCAGCUCAAUGACGAGCUGAACGAGGAUGAAGACGACGAUCCAUCAUCACUACCAACGAACCACCGAGACUCCCACGAGUCAGAAGAGUCUUCCGAAGACCACAGCUCCCCCAAGCGUCAGGACUCUGCAACCAACACCACAUCACCAGACUUGGCCCCAUCAUCGCACACGACACCAGUCGAGGAAGGAGAUGCAUCUCGUGGUGCCAAGAAGAUCUCACUGCCCGCCUAUCUCAGCAAACUACCCGGCAAGAACCGCGGAGGACAGGGUAUGCGUUGGACUGUGAAGAGUGCGGAAUUGAAAGGCAUCUCCAAAGAAGAGCGAUACGCAGGCAGUGGUCGUGCGGAGGGAUUGAUCCACAAGGGACGACUCAAUGGAGAGAGCAAGAAUGCUCGUCGGCGGAGAGUAACGCGGGAGAUGAAGUUCUUGGAGAGCUGGCCGAUUGAUGGCGAGGCGAGUGCUGGUGUGGAUUGA